CCCAUCUAUCACAUCACAUUAUCUAUUCUUGGUUAAAAUUUACUGAAUUUUUCUAAAAUAUAUUUAGUCUUAUAAAAUGAUUGAGUUGUGCUUUUAGUUCCUCUAAGAUGUUUUCUUCUUUUUCAUCUUCUAAAAUUUGAAAUUACUAUUUUUAAUGUAUGUAAAAUUAUUGAAUAGGUUUUGAUCGUUAUAAAAUAUUUUUCUUUGAUUUUCAUCACUCAAAAAGCCGAAAUCAUUAUUUUUUGUCCCUAAUUUUCUUGUUAAGGUUGAUAAAUAACAUUCAUUUUAGAAUUCUACAUAACUUUUUGGAGGUUUUGCAUGUUGAUAUGAUACCGCAAAUACUAGUGGACGUGGAUGUUCAUUUGAUUUUUCAUUAAACACAUGAGUAGUUGACAUCAAGGAUCCAAAAUAAUAAUUUCAUAUUUUUUAAGAUGAAAAAAAAUAGCUAUGAUUAAAAUCAAAACUCGCUUAUUUUAUAGGAAUAAAAAAAAUAUGUUUAAACCUAUUAAGUGGCUUCAAGAUCAAGCCGUGAGUAAUGAGCUGGAUCCGUGGUUGAGCCACGUGGCUGAUUUUAGCGGCGUGUUUGUUUUGGGUGACUCGGCUGGAGGGAACAUAGUUCACCAUUUGGCGGCUCGGCUCGGCUUGGAUUUGGGUCUCCCGAGCUGGCACCGGUUCGGGUAUUGGAGGCUUUGUUUACCCGUUGGGGAAACUAGUUAUCACCCUCUUGUGAAUCCGUUUGGGCCAAAUAGCAAGAGCCUUGAAGCAACUAAACUAGACCCAAUUUUAGUGGUGGCUCCAGGAAGUGAUUUGCUUAAGAGACAGGACAGAGGAUUAUGCAAGGAGGCUCAAGGAGUGGGGUAAAGAUGUUGAGUGUGUAGAAUUUGAAGGACAACAACAUGGGUUCUUCACUAAUGAUUCCAACUCUGAACCAUCAAACAAGUUGAUGCUGGUUGUCAAACAUUUCAUAGAGAAACAUCUGGGGAAUUAGAGUUUGAAGCGCUUCAAACACUACUAGUCUGCUACAACAUGCAUGUUUUGUUUAUUGUAGUAGCUUUUACUAUUGCAUUUUAACUUCUACUUGGUUUUAGGUACGAGUGAUGAUAAUGACCAAAAAACAACAUUCUAAGCAUCUAUGCAUUACCCAAAAGUUGUGCAAAGGUUUCAAAAAACGGUCCACUACCAUUAUUUGGGCUGUAACAUCAAAAAAAUUUAGUUGUCUGCGAUCAUGUUACGCUCGCAAUUGGGAUCGCAUCAGCUGCAUUUUUUCACGAUAUCAACAAACAUGACAAAAUUGCAGCGCAAUCGCAACCGAUAUUUAAAACCUUUGUGCUAAACUGCAAUUGUAAUAAAUUUUUCCCCUUUGAAACUAAUAUAUGCUGUAAUUUAUCUGAGCCUACUUCGAAGGCAACAUUAUAACUUCUAAGCAUCGGUGUUGUGAAAAAACCAUCUCUACUUCCACCCUCUUGUGCUCUUGGACUCUUCCUAUAUGUAAGACAAGUAAAUAAAAAGUAACAAAUGUGGUCUUUAAGUUUAAUUUACAAAGGGAGAAAUUUUCAAUUGUAG